CAAGUGGCCCCUCAAAGAUGUGCGUAAAUACCGCUGGAAAAUUCUUAAUUUUCGGGUAUUCCGCCAUACUCCUGGUGACAGCGGUUCGCGGUUUUCAUCAAAAUGGAACGAGCCAGCGGGAGGAUUGCGGCAGCACGCAGCGCAUGGUGGAUAAUUGCUUCAAGGAUUUGCCGCCGCAUCUAAUGGAGUUUCUGCAGAACACCAAAAUCAUCAUCAGCAAGAGUGACAUUACGACCAAGUGCAACAUUUUCAACCGCGGAAUGCGAUGCUUCGAUGCCUACUCGAAGCGCUGCCUGAAUGACCGUAAGCUGGAAACCUUCAAGAUCAAUGUGGAGGGUGCGCGGCGAUUUUUCUAUAAAUUCUGCGGCGAUCAGGAUUUUCAGCGAGAUUACCUGCGGCACAAGGACUGCUUCGCGUACAUCCAGCUGGACUGGGUCAGCUGCACAUCCGAGUUCGAGGGCAUCCUCAGUGACGAGGUGCACGAUGGCACACGGAAUGCCAGCGCCAAAUUCAUGGAAUUCUGUUGUGCGCGCUUUGCCUACGAAAAUUGCAUCUACAACAGCGCGAGAUACAAGUGCUACCAGAAUUCGGCGGAGUUUGCACGGGAGACGGCCAAAAUGUUGUCGGACGAAAAGCACUUUAGGAACUGCGCCGUCCUCGAGAAUAUCUGCGGACACGCCACGCGACUGGCACGCCACUGGCUGGUUAGCCAGUUAACCCUGCUCCUGAUUUUGUUUGUGGUGCGAAUCCUGCCGUAA